AUGGUCUCAUCUACGGAGGCUUUUAAUAUUGGAGCAAAGCCUACAGUAUUAAAUCCCAAGUUGGUGAAAAUUUUGGGUAAUAAUUGUACAGCAGAGUCUGUGGAAAGAGACUGUGGAGGAAUGAUGACUUUGGUCUGUAUUGAAGGAAGGUGUUCAUUGUGUAAUGAAUCAGUUCAAUGCAGCUCACAGAUUGAUUCCGUAUACAGUUGUAAAUUUAUGGGUAAUUAUGCUAAUAUGACAAACUAUACUUCAUCAGGAGGUGUUUGUGCACACAAGGAUUUGGGUGAUUUCUUUAGUUUGUUUGAUUUAUUUUCAGUUUUGACCAAUUUCAUUGGUUCUGUUUUGAGUAGUGCUGGUGGUACAGGAGGUGGUGGUGUUUUCGUUCCUCUCUUGCACGUUCUUGGUCGUUUCAAUGCUCAGGAAGCUGUUCCAUUGUCAAAAGUCAUGAUUUUCGGUGCUGCUGUCACUAAUGUUUUCACAUUAUUCUUUAGAUCUCACCCAUAUGCCGACAGACCAUUGAUUGAUUAUGAUAUUGCUUUAAUGAUGGAACCUGCAACCUUAUUGGGUACAAUUAUUGGCGUAUUUUUGAAUAUCAUUUGUCCAGAAUGGGUUAUUGUCCUUUCUGUUAUUAUUGUCUUGACAAUUACAACAAUCUUGACAUUUAGAAAGUUUUUCCAAAGAGCUAGAGUUGAAUUUGCAUUUUUAUGGAAGAAAAAGAAAAAGGAUGAAGAAACUGAACCAUUGAAUAAGGAACAAGAACCUAUUGUUUCCGAAAAUAAGGAAGAGGAACAAGCUCAAGGUUACGGAUCUGUUAAUAAGGAAGAAGAAUCGCUUGUUAAUACUCAACCAAUUUUCGUUUCUCAACAAGUAGCUGAAAAGGACUUUGUCAAGCCAUCAGCAUGGACAAUUGUUAAGAAAACUCCAUAUUGGAAGAUUUUUGUUUUGAUUGUUUGUUGGAUUAUUAUUUUCACUUUGAGUUUAUUGAGAGGUGGUGAAGGUGCUCCUUCCGUUAUUCCUGGUUUGGAAAUGUGUAGUCCAGUUUAUUGGACUUUGGUCGGAUUGAGUUUCCCAAUUAUUGGUGCAAUCAUGAUAAUUGUUGCCGCCUACUUGCUUAUUGAUUACAGAAGAAAGGUCAAGAGAGGUCACGUAUUUGUUCAAGGAGAUGUUAAAUGGAAUUGGAUUAACGUUACUUUCUAUCCUGGUGCUUGUUUGAUUGCUGGUAUUUUAGCUGCCAUGUUGGGUAUUGGAGGUGGUAUGAUCAAGUCUCCACUCUUGCUCUUGUUGGGAUCUGACCCUGCUGUCGGUGCUGCCACUGCUGCUUUCAUGAUCUUCUUUACUUCUUCAAUUUCCUCUGCUCAAUUUGCUAUUGUUGGUAGAAUUCCAUUCGAUUACGGAAUGCUGUAUGGUCUUACUGGAUUUGUCAGUGGUUUUGUUGGUUAUUUCUUUGUCACUUUUGGUGUUGAAAGAUGGGGUAAGAGAUCACUUAUCAUUUUGUGUGUUGGUCUCGUUUUGCUCUUUGCCACAAUGCUUAUGGGUGGUGUUGGUAUUUAUGAUGUUGUUAUUGAUCUCCAACAAGGUGUAUACAUGGGCUUCCAUGAUCCAUGCAGAGCUUAA